UGCACCGAUAGUGCAUAAAUUUUAUAAAAGUGUAGAAAUUGGUCGAAAUAUUAGACUUAUAUGAAAAAGUAAGUGUGCAGCAAUUUCUCUCGGCCUUUUAUUAGUAUAGUUUUAUUUCGGUGUGUUAACGUUUCACUUUGGUUUCAUGUGCUAUGGUGGACAGGUCACUGAAAUGGCUUUUCGUUACUUCCCCUCCAGAGCGCUGAUUGAGGCAACCAGUUAAGGAGGGUGAAGUGCCCCGCUGGCCCGCAGGAUGCAGAGCGCACCGCGAGGCGCACCGCCCGUACCGAUUCCGCCCCAUCGCCUGCGACUCCGUAGAAGAUCGAUCCUAACUCUUAAGUGGCCUUAGAUAAAGUGUUUUAUACUCCUCUUUUACAUCGACCUAAUAGUUAAGUAAACAGUGUUAGUGUUAAGCGAGUGUGAGUGUGUGAGCGUCGAUGGUGCGGCCGACAUGGGAAAGUCCUCGGCGAGAACACAUGGUCAAGAGAAUGAAAGAAGAAUCAAAGCAAACAAUAGAGAGUACAACGCCCAGUUUCGUUACGCGAACAACUACAUCAAGACAUCCAAGUAUUCGAUAGUAACGUUCCUGCCGCUGAACCUGCUGGAGCAGUUCCAACGCCUCGCCAACUUCUACUUCCUGUGUCUGCUGGUGCUGCAGCUCAUCCCGGCCAUCUCGUCCCUCACGCCCAUCACCACCGCCAUACCCCUCAUCGGUGUGCUCGCGCUGACAGCUGUCAAGGACGCCUACGAUGAUUUCCAACGUCAUCAGAACGACUCCCAGGUCAACCAUCGGCGAGCGAAGACGCUGCGAAACGGCAAGCUGGUGGAGGAGAAAUGGGCGUCUGUACAGGUGGGGGACGUGAUCAGGCUGGAGAACGACCAGUUCGUGGCCGCCGACAUCCUGCUCCUCAGCAGCUCCGAGCCCAACGGCCUGUGUUACAUCGAGACGGCCGAGUUGGACGGGGAGACGAACCUGAAAUGUCGUCAGUGUCUCCUGGAGACGGCGGCGAUGGGUCAGGACGACGCGCAGCUCGGCGCCUUCGACGGCGAGAUCGUUUGCGAGACGCCCAACAACCUACUCAAUAAGUUCGAAGGUACGCUGAGCUGGCGGUCGUCCCACUUCUCGCUGGACAACGACAAGAUCCUGCUGCGGGGGUGCGUGCUCCGCAACACGUCGUGGUGCUACGGCGUCGUGGUGUUCGCCGGCAAGGACACCAAGCUCAUGCAGAACAGCGGCAAGACGAAAUUCAAGCGCACCAGUAUAGAUAGGCUACUCAACUUUCUUAUUAUAGGGAUAGUGCUGUUCCUGCUGUCGAUGUGCGUGUUCUGUACUGUCGCGUGCGGCGUGUGGGAGUGGUUCGUCGGACAAUACUUUCAGGUAUACCUGCCGUGGGACACGCUGGUGCCCGCGGAGCCGGCGCCGGGCGCAAUAGUCAUCGCGCUGCUCGUGUUCUUCUCAUACGCCAUCGUCAUGAAUACGGUUGUGCCUAUAUCGCUGUAUGUGUCUGUUGAGGUUAUAAGAUUUGCGCAAAGUUUUUUAAUAAAUUGGGACGAGAAAAUGUACUACGAAAAGACUGGGACCGCGGCUAAGGCGAGGACUACCACAUUGAAUGAGGAGCUUGGUCAAAUCCAAUACAUAUUUUCGGACAAGACGGGCACGUUGACGCAGAACAUAAUGACGUUCAACAAGUGCUCGAUAGCGGGCGUGUGCUACGGCGACGUCAUCGACGAGCAGACCGGCGAGACCAUAGAGCUCACAGACCGGGGGCGGCGGGAGCGGGCUGCGGCGGGGGCGGCGGGGGCGCGGGGGGCGGCCCACUCACCGAGCGCGCGCCUGCUGCACUCCGAGCUCGAGCAGGGCCGCAGCACGCCGGCCGCGCGCCGCCCGGACAGCACGGAGCCGCUCGACUUCUCUGACAAUCCGGAGUACGAGCCGGAAUUCAAGUUCUUCGAUUCGAAACUUCUGAAGGCGGUCCGGCAGGGCGACAGCAACGUGUUCGACUUCUUCCGACUUUUAGCGUUGUGUCACACCGUCAUGCCGGAACACAAGAACGGCCGGCUGGAGUAUCAGGCACAAUCGCCGGACGAGUCGGCGCUGGUGUCGGCUGCGCGCAACUUCGGGUUUGUGUUCCGGGAGCGCUCGCCCAACACCAUCACUAUAGAGGUCAUGGGGAAAACUGAGGUGUACGAGUUGUUGUGUAUAUUAGAUUUUAAUAAUGUUAGGAAAAGAAUGUCAGUGAUAUUGAAGAAGGACGGUGAAAUUAGGUUAUAUACUAAAGGUGCUGAUAACGUUAUAUACGACCGGUUAAAAAAGAACGAUCAAGAGGAGGUUAAGUCUAAGACGCAGGAGCAUUUAAACAAAUUCGCGGGCGAAGGUCUACGUACCCUAGCGCUGGCGUGGCGGCCGCUGGAGGAGCGCGGGUUCGCGGAGUGGAAGCGCCGGCAUCACGCCGCCGCGCUCGCCCUGCACGACCGCGACGAGCGUCUCGACGCCAUCUACGAGGAGAUCGAGACAGACCUCGUGCUGCUCGGUGUGACUGCCAUUGAAGACAAAUUACAGGACGGCGUGCCAGAAACGAUAGCCAACCUUAGCAUGGCGGGGAUCAAAGUGUGGGUCUUAACGGGUGACAAACAAGAGACGGCGAUAAACAUCGGCUACUCGUGUCAGCUGCUGACUGACGACAUGGCGGAGGUGUUCGUGAUCGACGGCGUCGCCCACGAUGACGUCGCCCGACAGCUCGCCAAGUGCAAGGACAGCAUACGUGUCGUCAACACGUUCCUGCCGCACGGAUCAGAAGCGAAGAGCUCCGCCGCUAACGGCAGCACCCGCGCGCGGGCUAACGUGAAGCUCAACGCGCCGGCCGUGUCCGUCGUCACAUUUAGGUGGGAACAUAACUCACUAGCACGCCGCAGCAACGAGUACGUGUCUGGCGCGGGUACUGCGGGCGGCGCGGGGGGUGCGGGGGGCGGGGCCAGCGCGGGGGCGGAGUCACAGGAUCACGCCGACGACGCCAACGGAUUCGCCAUAGUAGUCAACGGACAUUCGCUAGUACACUGCCUGCAUCCUAAACUUGAGGAGAAGUUCCUAGACGUAGUGCUACAGUGUCGGUCUGUGAUCUGCUGCCGCGUGACGCCGCUACAAAAGGCUAUGGUGGUGGAGCUCAUCAAAAAGAACAGAAAAGCCGUCACGUUAGCGAUAGGAGACGGCGCCAAUGACGUGUCUAUGAUUAAAGCGGCUCACAUCGGCGUGGGCAUCUCCGGUCAGGAGGGCAUGCAGGCGGUGCUGGCGUCGGACUACUCCAUAGCGCAGUUCCGCUUCCUCCAGCGGCUGCUGCUCGUCCACGGCCGAUGGUCCUAUUACCGCAUGUGCAAGUUCCUGCGAUACUUCUUCUACAAGAACUUCGCGUUCACCGUGUGCCACUUCUGGUUCGCGUUCUUCUGCGGAUUCAGCGCGCAAACGGUGUUCGACGAGAUGUUCAUCUCCGUAUACAACCUGUUCUACACGUCGCUGCCGGUGCUGGCUCUCGGCGUGUUCGAGCAGGACGUGUCGGACGCCACCUCGCUGCAGUUCCCGCGGCUGUACGCGCCCGGACACACCAGCCAACUGUUCAAUAAGACGGAGUUUAUUAAGUCCACGUUACACGGGUGUUUCACGUCGCUAGUGCUUUUCCUUAUACCGUAUGGUACCUACAAAGACGGCUUGGCUCCGGACGGAAAGAUUCUGUCAGACCACAUGCUUUUAGGAAGUGUAGUAGCUACAAUAUUAAUUAUAGAUAAUACAACACAAAUAGCGCUUGACACGACAUACUGGACGGUGUUUAACCACGUGACGAUCUGGGGCUCGCUGGUGUCCUACUUCGUGCUCGACUACUUCUACAACUACGUGAUCGGCGGGCCCUACGUCGGCUCGCUCACCGUCGCGCUCACGCAGGCCACGUUCUGGUUCACCGCCGUGCUCACUAUGAUGAUCCUGAUGGUGCCGGUGGUGUCGUGGCGGCUGGCGAUGUCGCGGCGGCGGCCGACGCUGGCGGAGCGGCUGCGCGCGCGACAGCGGUGGCGCCGCGCCGCCGCAGCGCCCGCGCCCCGCACGCCGUCCGCCCGCCGCGCGCGCCGCUCCGUGCGCAGCGGGUACGCCUUCGCGCACCAGGAGGGCUUCGGUCGCCUCAUCACGUCCGGCAAGAUCAUGCGGCGCAUCCCGCACGCGGACGCCGCGCUGUCGGCGCUCGCGUCGCUGCCGGGCAAGUUCCACCCGCGCGCGCCCUCGCCGCCGCCCUCCCCGCCCUCGCCGCCCUCGCCGCGGGCCCCCAAGCAGGACCUCGACUCGGUCGACUUAUGAAGCUCGCCGUCGACGCGGUGUGUGCGUGUGGACGCGAAAUGUACAGUUCCCCGGGAGUGAAGUUUGUGCCAGCGCCGCGAACGUCCCGGACUCUCUCGAGACGGCAUAGUGUCGUCGCAACUCGUAUUGUGAUAACGUUAGUAGAUUUAAAGAAUUCGUAUUAUAUUAUUGCCUAUAUUAAAUUAUAUUUGUUGAUCGAGAGUAUAUAUUGAUAGAUAUUUAUUAUGGUACAUACUAAGAUACUAUUUUAUAUCGAAGAAACGUAGUUAUCUCCGAUGUUCCUUUGUAGACGGUAGCUCGGUCGAGCCCGCGCCGCGCCCGCGCCGACACUAGAGGACCCGUUUUGUUUUGUUCUAAUGUUGAAUGUGGCCGAGUCGCAACUCGCAAUCGAUCAAACGUUUACCUAGAAAA